CGGUCUCGUUGAACCGACUUACUUGCGCAGUGAUUCUUCAGGUAGAAUCACCAACAUUUCUGCAAACAAUCGCAGUCGGGUGCUUGCACAAGAACGGCAAGGAGGUUAAAAUUUUACAGAUCUGAUAGCCGGAUAGUGUAAAGUUUGAACCAUGGACUCAAAAGGGCAGGACGAAAAUACAAGGCAGAGGAAUGGUAUAUUAAAAUCUCCGAGUACAGGUGCCGGUGGAAGACGUGGAAGUCUGUACGCUAAUCUCCAACUUCCAAACAAACCCAAGAGACCUCAUAUACCGUCUAGUGAUGACUUGAAUGAGGAGGAAACCGCACAUACUCUCACAGACCAGGAAUAUUUCCCAGUAGACAUUGUACAAAAUGUGCUCAACAAUGUCAAGGAUAAAGGGCACAAAAGUCACAACGUUUUUUGCCAACUCGACACACUGAAAACGUUCAUGGGCAACUGGGAGUGGAGAGAAACUGCCAGAUGGGUUAAGUUUGAAGAGGUAGUGGAGGAAGGUGGUAAGAGAUGGUCAAAACCGCACGUAGCGUCAUUGUCAAUGCACGCAAUGUUGGAGACAAGAAAGAUGUUGAUGGAAGGUAGUCUCUUGCUAGACUUGGAUAUCUUCUCGAUGGGAGAAAUGGCCGAUGAAUUGUUGGAUCACUGGAUUGAUCAUGACCACCUGGACCACAAGUUAAGACAAUAUAUGAGAGAUAUUUUGCUCAGAAAGCAUAAACAUAGCCAUGUUCCCCGCCCCAAGGAGGAAAAGAAGGAAGCCAAGAGGUUGGAGAGUGUUGCAAGCACUACCAGUUUGACAAGUAUGAAUUCUCACGGCAGUUCCACUGACCUGGAGGGACUUGUCGCCCAAGAUUACAAGCCAAACAGUAAUUUUAUGAGGAAGAUUCCGAAGGGAUCCGAGGUGUGUAAUAUAAUGGUUGGGGAACUGGAGGAUCUCCAUACCCCAAUCCUUGGCCUCAUUAGACUUAAAGAGGCCCGUCUUCUUGAGGGAAUCUCAGAAGUUAAGUUGCCGACCAGAUUUGUGGCAUGCAUAUUUGGACCACGGGGUUUCACAAACGCACGAGAAGUUGGAAGAUGUAUCGCAACUAUGAUGACUGAUGAUGUGUUCAGAGAGGUAGCAUACAAGAGUCGUAGUAUAAGCGACCUGAUUGCUGGCCUUGAUGAGUUCGUUGAGCAAGUCACCGUUCUACCACCAUCAGAAUGGAACCCCAAAAUAAGAAUUGAACCACCACAAAAAGUUCAAUCUCAGAUGCACCGACGUAUGUCAUCUGCACAGUUACUAGACUAUAAAGGUGAUGAUGAUGACGAAGGCGGACACGGGGAUGACCCAACAUUGCAGAUGUCAAAAAUACCAUUUAAUGGCCUUUACAACGACAUUAAGAGAAAGAUCCCAUGGUAUUGGUCAGAUUAUAAAGAUGGAAUUCAUAUACAGUGCCUUGCCGCCUUUGUUUAUGUGUUUUUGGGGACUUUUACACCAAAUGUCACAUUCGGUGGUUUACUUGGACAAGCAACUGAUCAGUAUAUGGGUGUGAUGGAAUGUAUAUUUGCGGCUGCUGUGACAGGAAUUAUAUUUGCUUUGUUUUCUGGACAACCAUUAAAUAUCCUCGGAAGUACCGGACCUAUGUUGGUGUUAGAAACCAUUAUUUACAACUUGUGCAAGGAUAAUGACUGGGAUUUCAUGCCUGCACGUGUUUGGAUUGGAUUCUGGACGUCGGCGUUCAUCCUGCUCAUUGUAAUAUUCAAUCUUAGCGCUCUCGUGAAAUAUAUUACUCGUUUCACGGAGGAGAGUUUUGCCACCCUUAUUGCAGUGAUCUUCAUUGUGGAGGCGUUUAAGAAAUUGUUUGAGAUCGAAACGGAUUAUCCAGUAAAUGGAGAUCCGGACACGUUUAUCUCGACCAACUGCUCCUGCAUUCAACCCAACUGCUCCGCCUUGCUGACAACUACAGUGGCUUCAGUUGCUAGCAGCACACCGAUGACGGCACUUUCAAGGAACUUGACAGAUAUCUGUGCAAACAUCACCGAUAUGGAAUCCAUGAACAAGACCAUCAACUGGGAUAACGCUACAGAAUGUGUUGAUUUCGGAGGUUAUACCAUUGGAGAUGGCUGUAACCCACCACAUUAUGUGGCCGACGUUUUCUUCUUCAGCGUUCUCCUUUUCCUCGGUACAUUCGGAGUGGCUGUAGUGUUGAAAGAUUUCAAGAUGACAACAAUUUUCCCAACAUUUGCUAGACAACUUAUCAGCGACUUUGCCGUACUUUUGUCAAUUAUCAUCUUCGUCGUUAUUGAUAUUCUUGUCGGUAUCAACACACCUAAACUGCUUGUACCAGAAAAAUUCGAGCCAACAAGAAGUGACCGUGGAUGGUUGAUUAACCCAAUCAGCGAUAAGAACCCCUGGUGGUUGGCUAUUGCCGCAGCUGUCCCUGCCCUUUUAUCUGUCAUCUUGAUCUUCCUCGAUCAACAAAUCACAGCUGUCAUUGUCAACAGGAAAGAAAACAAACUCAAGAAAGGAGUCGGUUACCAUUUGGACAUGUUCGUUGUUGCUAUUACUGUUGCCAUCCAUUCAAUACUCGGUCUACCAUGGUAUGUAGCCGCCACUGUAUCAGCUCUUGCUCACGUCAACAGUUUAAAGAGAGAAUCUGAGUGUACCGCACCUGGUGAGAAGCCACAGUUCCUUGGCUGCAGAGAAAACAGACUUACUGCCCUUGCCAUUGGUGUUCUAAGUGGAGCUGCUGUCUUCAUCACUGCUGUACUUAAGGUGAUUCCUAUGCCUGUAUUGUAUGGAGUGUUUUUCUACAUGGGUUUCUCAGCUAUGAGGGGCAUGCAGCUUGUCGACCGUCUUUUCUUGUUUGUGCAACCAGUUAAAUAUCAGCCAGACCUUACAUACCUCCGUCAUGUUCAGUUGUACCGGGUACACAUAUUUACUGUUGUUCAAGUAUUGUGUCUCGGUGUCCUCUGGGCCGUCAAAUCAAUCAAAGCCAUCUCAAUCGGAUUCCCUCUUAUGGUGCUCGCUACCGGUGUUGUAAGGAAGAUCCUUGAAUGUUACUACACGCAAUAUGAACUAAAAUAUCUUGACGACUUACUGCCGGGAAAACACGCGGAAAAACCAGGUGACAAGGAGAGAAUGAUUGGAAGGAUGAACUAUGCUUUCGACGAACCACCAGCAUAUAAACCCUCUCUAACAAAUGGCGAGAAGAAAAAACCAGUGUUCUUUGUCGAUGAAAAUGAUGAAACGAAGAUAAAUGAUACAACUUCUCAUUUAUAAAACAUACAGUGACACAUUUGUGUGAUAAACAUUUUCAGUACAAAUUGAAUUUAUAAGCUAGAAAUAUAAUUGUGAUAUAAGAAAGUUUGCAAGCAUAGUAACUUUCAAUGCCAUUUUCUACCUGUUGUCUUCCCAAAACGAUAUAGAGUGUAUAUACAUGUAUGUGCAAUUUCAAA